CAGUUGCUGGAAGAGGUCCACGAACUGUUCGAACCGUUCCGAUCCCAGCACGCAAUGCAGCCGUUCCCAUUGUUCGACCGGGAGCUCCAUCGCGGGAAGACCCCACCCGUCCGCCCAGUCCUCAGCCUCGCCCAGCGGCUCAGCCUCGCCCAGCGGCUCAGCCUCGCCCAGCGGCUCAGCCUCGGCCCGGGAUGUGCGCUCGUACGUGUUUGCAAACACGCGCGUCGCAGGCGGCAGCUCCCGGACUGGGCCGUUCGACAGCUCCCGAGCGAGUCGCGGAGGGUCGGAGGGGGCAGGGGCAGGGCCAGGGUGGGAGGGGGUCAGCAAAUCACUGGGGAAGCGGUCAUUGGAGCGCCACUCGUUGCCGCGCCAAUCGUUGACCUGCCAGCCCAAGGAGUCGCGCCAGGCGCUGCGGGUCACCGGCGCCUGGUCCCGCAACGGCGCGACGCGGACGAUCGUCUGAUCCUCGAGUUGCACAACCCCGCUCACUUUCGUCAGCCACUCGCGGACGGUGUAACGCAAGACACCCACGUCCGACAGCUCCAGCGUCCGCCCCAGAGGUCCCAGAGGUCCCAGAACCGGUAUCGGCGCCUGUUUCAACUUCCUCACUGCCGUUGCGCUCAAGUAAGGAUCGCCCAGGCCCGCUUGACCGAAAUUGACACUUGCUUCCAAAACC